AUGAACCAACGAGAGAGCAGGAAAGAAGAGAGAAACGACAAAAGCGAGAUACCCAUCGAUGCUUUGUCCAUCAAUGAACACAGCGCGGAAGUGAAUGUGGAAGAUGAGAGUCGGAAAGAGGUCUUUUGGCACUCCUCAGCUAUCAUUCUUGGAGCCGCCCUCGAGAAACAUUUCGCCAAAGGUUUCCCUUGCUUUCCUUCAUCAAACAGCAAUGGAUUUUUCUAUGAAAUUUUCCUCAAGGAGCAAACGGUUUCACAAGAGGAUCAAGAGAAACUGCAACAAAUCGUCGAAUCAUACAUACAAGAGAAUCUACCAUUCGAAAAAUUGGUGCUACCAAAACAGGAACUUUUGGAAGUUUUCAAGGAAAAUGAGUUCAAGCUUCGUCUUCUUGAUAGAAUGGAUCAACAAAUGAUUCAAGUUUGCCGAUUCGGAUCGUUCCUUGAGAUUUGUGAAAAACCGAUUGUCAAAGAAGCUGGUCAGAUCAAGGCAAUCAAACUCCUAAACGUUUCCUCAUCGUAUUGGAGUGGCGAUUGUGAAGCUGAAUCGCUUCAACGAAUCAGCGGAAUCUCGUGGCCGAGUGAUGAAAUGAUGAAAGAAUGGGAAAAAGCGCAGGAAGAAGCCGCUGCCAGAGAUCAUCGAAAGAUUGGACUCAACCAAGAGCUUUUCUUCUUUCAUCCACUCAGUCCAGCUUGUGCUUUUUGGUACCCGAAAGGAGCUUUGAUGUACAAUCGCUUGAUCGAAUUCAUCCGGCGGCAGUAUCGAUUGAGGGGAUUCAUGGAGGUGAUCACGCCAAACAUCUACAAUUCGAAGUUGUGGGAACAGUCGGGACACUGGCAACAUUACAAAGAAGACAUGUUUGUUUUCGAUGUUGAAAAGGAGCAUUUUGGAUUGAAACCGAUGAAUUGCCCAGGUCACGCGUUGAUGUUCGCAAAUCGACUCCGCUCGUACAACGAGUUGCCCCUGAGAUUCGCCGAUUUUGGAGUACUGCAUAGAAACGAGAGCUCUGGAGCUCUUUCCGGGCUGACGCGCGUUCGCCGCUUUCAAAUCGACGAUGCGCAUAUUUUCUGUCGUUACGAUCAGAUCGGCUCGGAGAUCAAGGCUUUCCUCGAUUUCCUUGAAUUUACAUAUGAAAAGGUUUUCGGCUUCACGUUUAAUUUGAAUCUCUCCACGCGGCCCGAGCACUAUUUGGGGGAAAUCGAAGUGUGGGAUGAAGCGGAAGCAGCCCUAAAGAAAGUGCUCGACGGAUCCGGAAGAGCCUGGAAGGUGAACGCGGGAGAUGGAGCGUUUUACGGGCCGAAGAUCGACAUCACGAUUCAGGAUGCUCUCAAGCGAAAUCAUCAAUGCGCAACGGUGCAACUCGACUUUCAGAUGCCCAUCCGAUUCGAUUUACACUAUUUUGACGAGAAGGGUGAACGCCAUCGGCCAGUGAUGAUCCAUCGAGCGAUCCUCGGCUCUCUCGAGAGAUUUUUUGGGAUAAUCACCGAGAGUUUCGCCGGGAAAUGGCCUUUUUGGUUAAGCCCGCGACAGGCCAAGAUCGUCUGUGUCCACGAAUCUUUCAGAGAAUACGCACGCGAGGUGAAAGAUAAGAUCUACGGCUCCGGCUUUGAGGUAGAAUUCGACGAGAAUUGCGCGGAACUGAUGAAUCGACAGAUUCGAGACGGUCAACUCGCCGCCUUCAACUUCAUCUUGGUGAUCGGGAAACGGGAAAUAGCGAAUCGAUCGGUGAAUGUGAGGGGAAGAGAUAAUGUGGUUCACGGCGAAAUCCCAAUCGAUGUGCUGGUGGAGAAGUUUGAGAAAUUCGCCCGCAAUUAUGUGAAAGACUCCGAGAUCUCAUUCAGA